GAAUCUAAAGAGGGAUGCGAAGGAGCAGAUCACAGCACCCAUUUUAUUUAUUAUAUUAAAAUAAAAUAAAUAAGCUCACGCGCUUCUGAGUUUCUUCUUUCUUCCUUCCUCUCUGUGCAUUGAAAGCCCUCAGCUUCCCUCAAAGCAGGAAAUAUGAUAAACCUAUUUAAAGUGAAGGCGAAGCAGAGGGAAAUUUCAGAAAAUGCUAAUGGGAAGACACCUGUCAAGAAGCAAAGUGCAGGCGAAUUACGUCUUCAUAAAGAUAUCAGUGAACUAAAUCAACCAAAAACUUGUAGUAUAGCAUUUCCCAAUGGGAAGGAUGACUUGAUGAACUUUGAGGUUACCAUCCGGCCUGAUGAAGGAUAUUACUUAGGUGGUACAUUCGUUUUCACCUUCCAAGUUUCUCCAGUCUACCCUCAUGAGCCACCUAAGGUCAAGUGCAAGACGAAGGUGUAUCACCCUAAUAUUGACUUGGAAGGAAAUGUCUGUCUCAACAUUCUUAGAGAAGAUUGGAAACCUGUUCUGAGUAUAAACACAUUAAUAUAUGGGCUAUUUCAUCUUUUCACGCAACCCAACCACGAAGAUCCUCUCAAUCAUGAUGCUGCUGCAGUUUUGAGGGAUAACCCAAAGUUGUUCGAAACCAACAUGAAAAGGGCGAUGGCUGGUGGGUAUGUGGGGCAGACCUCUUUCCCACGCUGCUUGUAGCUGCUGCUGCUCAUGUCGAAGGACACCAAAUUUACUUGCAAAUUCAAGGGCUGCUGUAAGUUUGGGCAAAUGUCUCUUACCACUGGCUUGCCAUGAUUCACCAGAAGAAUGUUUUCAUCCUGGUUACCUCGUUGGUUGCUCAUGAUAUUGGCUGGGGAUAUAAAUAGUUUUGCUUAUUGUGAUGAAUCAAUUGGGAGAUGUUGGAAACUACUGUUGUAUUGACUUAUCGUUAUCUUUACGGGGAUGGAGCCCUUCUUAAUUUCUGCUUUGGGGAAAUCAUGCUUAUGCUGUAAUUCGCUUUAUAAACACUUAAAACUACUUGUUUGCUUCCAACCUACUGUUUGUGGGCUUUAGAUUGAAAGGAAAAGUUGAUGUCAUUUGCUA